GGCGGCUGCCUGGAUCUGGUAUAAAAACAAAACAGUAAGCCAGAAUAAGACAUUAGUUACCUUCGCAACGAUCAACUAACCAACUCAGCCUCAGAAUGAUGAAGUUCAUGUGUAUCUGCCUCUGCGCCAUCUCUGCGGUUUCGGCCAAUGCCUAUGGUCGUCCCAGUGGUGGAUACGGUGGUGCCCCAGUUGGUGGCUAUGCCUACCAGGUGCAGCCUGCUUUGACCGUUAAGGCCAUCGUUCCCUCGUACGGCGGUGGAUAUGGUGGAAACCAUGGAGGAUAUGGUGGUGCUUACGAGUCGGCUCCUCUGGCAUCUGCUUACAGCGGUGCUAAUGUCGGAUCUGAGUACGGAUCUGGAUACGGUGGUGCUCCACCAGUCGAUGCCCAAGCUAUUGCCCUGGCUAAGCUCGCCCUUGCCGCGCCCAGUGCCGGUGCUCCUCUGGUCUGGAAGGAGCCCCCACGUUAUGCCCAGCCCGUGUACCCACCCAUCAGCUACGGACCCCAGGAGUACGGACGCAGUGAGAAGGUGAAGGGAGGUUCAGCAGCUGCUGCCGCCAGCUCCGUGGCCGCCGGAAAGAAGGGUUACAAGAGGCCCAGCUACUAAGCGGAAAAACCAUGAACAGUGAAUCAGAAACUUACCUACCAAUAAGGAACUAGGUCAUAAUAAAAAAAGCCAAACAUCGAGACUUAAA